AUGGGCCCUGAGGGCGCCAAUGCCUCAGCUUUGGAGAAAGAGAUUGGUCCGGAACAAUUUCCAGUCAAUGAGCACUAUUUUGGUUUGGUUAAUUUUGGGAAUACAUGCUACUGCAAUUCAGUUCUUCAGGCACUUUAUUUCUGUCGCCCAUUUCGAGACAAAGUCUUAGCGUACAAGAGUCAACCAAGAAAAAAAGAGAAUCUCCUAACGUGCUUAGCUGAUCUCUUCCACAGUAUAGCCACCCAGAAGAAAAAAGUUGGAGUAAUACCUCCCAAGAAAUUUAUAACAAGAUUACGAAAAGAAAAUGAACUUUUUGAUAACUACAUGCAGCAGGAUGCACAUGAGUUCUUAAACUAUUUAUUAAAUACAAUUGCGGAUAUCUUGCAAGAGGAAAGAAAACAAGAGAAACAAAAUGGUCGCCUACCUAAUGGCAGCAUCGACAACGAAAAUAACAGCCCACCAGACCCAACCUGGGUUCAUGAAAUAUUUCAGGGAACCUUAACGAAUGAAACUAGAUGUCUUACUUGUGAAACUAUAAGCAGUAAAGAUGAAGACUUCUUAGACCUUUCAGUUGAUGUGGAGCAAAAUACUUCCAUCACUCAUUGUUUAAGGGGUUUCAGCAAUACAGAAACUCUGUGCAGUGAAUACAAAUAUUACUGUGAAGAGUGUCGCAGUAAGCAAGAAGCACAUAAAAGGAUGAAAGUAAAAAAGCUGCCUAUGAUUCUAGCUCUCCACUUGAAGAGAUUUAAAUACAUGGAUCAGUUGCAUCGAUACACAAAGCUCUCUUACAGAGUAGUUUUUCCUUUAGAGCUUCGUUUAUUUAACACCUCAGGAGACGCCACCAAUCCUGACAGAAUGUAUGACCUUGUUGCUGUGGUAGUUCAUUGUGGAAGCGGCCCUAAUAGAGGACAUUAUAUUGCAAUAGUGAAGAGUCAUGAUUUUUGGUUGCUUUUCGAUGAUGAUAUCGUAGAGAAAAUCGAUGCACAAGCUAUUGAAGAAUUCUACGGGUUGACAUCAGACAUCUCAAAGAACUCAGAGUCUGGUUACAUCCUCUUCUAUCAGUCCCGGGACUGAGCGGGAGCUGCAGAGAAGCGAUUUUUAUGCCUCGCUUCUUCUCUGACCAUCAUGGGAUGGAGCAAGUGCUGAAGAAAGAAAUGCAGGGAGCUCCAGGGGCAGUCGCACAGUUUGCACACAAUUAAGCAAAGAAUUUGAGAUUUUUUUAAAACCUUCAUAUCAUUUUCACUUUAUUUGCUCAGGUAUCAUGUUGACUACACAUCUCCACUGCAUCCCAUAAGCAAAAAGAGAUACCAGCCACUCUUGCAGGAGCUUUCAAUAGCUGAUACUAUCUCUGUGGUCCUAAUUCAAACCCCAUUAACAUCACUGGAGGACUUUUCAUGAACUUCAGUGGAAUUUAAGUCAGGUUCUAACUGCACUGCCAGAUUAGUGCAAUAGGAGUAUUAGAAAUCUGAUAUUUUAUACAGACUUCUUGUAUAAAAGGUAAAAGACUCUUUGUGAACUUCGUUUCCUGUACUUAAGUUUGAAAGAAUGAGGUUGGGAGGGUUAGUAUGUAAGCAAGAAGCUAUAUUUGGGCCCAACAAAAUUGCCUUCUUGAUGGUAGUAGUUUAACUGAAAAUAUGAACUGGUGUCAGGGAGGCAAAGUAUGUUUUGCUUCUCUGAAGAAGCUUACAUUAUUUAUAAUAUAUGAUCGGGAACAAUCAGUCAAGAUUAUGGCUUUUAAUCUCCGUAUGGGGAAAGAUUUGGUUUGUAAUAGUUUAUUUCUAUUUAUAAAUUAUUGUAACUUCUUAGGAUCCUGUGUGUUGUCCUUUAUUCUAACAAGCAUUGGAUUUUUUAUAUAUUGAUUUGAAUUAAAACGAAUUAUCUUCAAGAGUUUGAAAACAGCCAAUAUAAAUUCUAAAAGCAAUGCCUACUAUGUCUUUAAAUGAGUAACACAGUAGAGAGAUUUCCUUCUGGAGCAACUGGUAUCUAAGUGUGCUAUUUUAUUUAAUUAAAUCAGAAUUUUCUCUGUGCAUUAAAGGAUG